UCUCAGCGGAUGGGAGUAGUGCCGCUCGCAGACAGGAGACAGGAUCCAUGGCAACAAUCAUGGCAGAAGCAGAGACUCGCCAGAGGCUGCUGCGCACCGUCAAGAAGGAGGUGAAGCAGAUUAUGGAGGAAGCUGUAACAAGGAAAUUUGUUCACGAAGACAGCAGCCAUAUUGUGUCUUUCUGUGCUGCAGUGGAGGCAUGCGUCCUCCACGGGCUGAAACGGAGAGCAGCAGGCUUCCUGCGCAGCAACAAAAUAGCGGCACUCUUCAUGAAGGUGGGGAAGAGCUUCGUCCCGGCGGAGGAUCUGUGCAGAAAGGCCCAGGAGCUGGAGCAGGUCAUGGAGACAAAACGAAGUCAAAGCAUGCAAAGUCAAGACGGUUUACGCAAGAUGCCUCGACUGCCCAGCCUCAGCCCGCAGGGAGUCAAGAACCUGUGGAUCCGGACGGCUUUAUUUGAGAAAGUGCUUGACAAAAUUGUCCUCUACCUGGUGGAGAACAGCAGUAAAUAUUAUGAGAAAGAGGCUGUUCUAAUGGACAAUGUGGACGGACCUAUCCUUGCCUCUUUGUUAGUCGGACCUUGUGCUUUGGAGUACAGCAAGAUGAAGACAGCUGACCACUUCUGGACCGACCCCUCUGCUGACGAGCUGGUGCAAAGGCAUCGUAUCCACGGGGGCCACUGCCGACAGGAUUCUCCCACUAAGAGGCCCGCACUGUGUAUCCAGAAGCGGCACUCCAGCAGCAGCAUGGACGAACGCCCUUCCCCCUCACCAUCAGCUCGUGAAUAUGUGGAGUCGCUGCAUCAAAACAGCAGGGUGACCCUACUGUUUGGCAAAAACAAUGUGCUCGUACAACCGAGGGAUGACAUGGAGGCUAUCCCAGGUUACCUCUCUAUGCACCAGAAUGCUGACCUCAUGACCCUGAAGUGGACCCCCAACCAGCUGAUGAACGGCUCUGUUGGAGACCUGGACUACGAAUGCAGUGUAUACUGGGACUAUGCAAUGACCAUCCCUCUCGGGGAGAUAGUUUACUUGCACUGUCAUCAACAAGUUGACAGUGGGGGGACGGUGGUGCUGGUCAGUCAGGAUGGGAUCCAGAGACCUCCACUUCGCUUCCCAAGAGGAGGCCACUUGCUCCAGUUCCUCUCCUGCCUGGAGAACGGCCUGCUUCCCCACGGACAGCUGGACCCCCCGCUGUGGUCCCAGAGGGGAAAGGGGAAGGUGUUUCCGAAGCUGCGGAACAGGGUUCCUCAGGGAUCUGGAUCCUCAGACUCGGUCUCAGAUAAGGAGGAGGACGAGGCCACCGACUAUGUCUUCCGCAUCCUCUUUCCAAACAGCCACUCAGAGUUUGUGACUGUAACCCAUGCUCCCCAUCUGACUUCCUCCCUCUCACUUCCACUGAGUGGGUCGUCCCCCUUCAAAACAGGCAUCCUGGUUGUCCCAAAGAGGUCCUGCAGCUGCCCUGAAGACCCCCCCACUCUCACAGGAAGCAGCUUGACUCCUCCAGACUUGGACCAGGGAGCUACAAUGUGGCAUCCCACCCUCAGGAAGUCCUCGUGUUCCUCUUGUUCUCAUGGCAGCUUCUCUGACGGAGCCACGCCUAAGGGGUGCAAUCAUGAGAGGGCUCCUCUGAAGAUGCUGUGCGACAACAUGAAGAAUCAGAUCAUCUCUCGGGCGUUUUAUGGCUGGUUGGCGUACUGCCGUCACCUGUCCACCGUGCGCACACACCUCUCUGCGCUCGUCAAUCACACCAUCGUGGCGCCCGACGUGCCGUGCGACGCCUACAAAGGGCUCACCACAGACGUUUGGCAGACGUUCCUCCAGGACUGCACAGCAUACGAGGAGAAGGACCUGCUCCGCCUGGUGUACUACGGCGGGGUGGAGGCCUCGCUGCGUAAAGAGGUGUGGCCUUUCCUGCUGGGUCAUUACCAGUUUGGAAUGUCAGAAGCUGAAAGGAAGGAGGUGGACGAGCAGGUGCGAGUGUGCUACCAGCAGACCAUGAGUGAGUGGCUCGGCUGUGAGGAGAUCGUCCGGCAGCGGGAGAAGGAGCAGCACGCGGCGGCCAUAGCAAAGUGUUCCUCCGCAGCGAGCAUGGACAGUCCCAGUCAGAAGAUGAUGAGCCACCACAACUCCUCCGUCAGCAAUGAGUCCCAGUCCUCCCAGAGCUCAGACAGGCAGAGUCUGGCUCGCCUGCAGAGUGACUCCAGCAGCAGCACACAGUUCUUCACAUCCUCCCACCCCUUCCCCUGGAGUAGCCUGCUUCCCUUUGGCUUGUUCUUUCAGGUGUUUGAGUCCGUGGAGGAGGUUGACCCGAUCGAGACGGAGCCCAAGAGCGAAGAGGCCAAACAGGUGCCAAAGAUACCCAACGGGGCUCUGCAGAACGGGACGAGCUCUCCUGACUCCGGACAUCCUUCGUCCCGCAACUUCUCCGUCACCUCCGGCCUGUCGGAUGGCUCCCUCACAGAGGACAGCGCUGCACCUGAUGCUACCCCAAAACCUGCCGCUGUCCCUCAGGCGCCACAGAGCCCAGUCAAACCUGCAGACAGUGAAGGUCUCACAGAGAAGAAAGGUAGUGUGAAGAACAACCAGGAGGAAGAGGAGAAGGAGAGAGGACAUGUGACCAGAACUGAAGAAAACAUCAAGACUGAGGAGCUGUCGAAUGCCAAGGAAGUGACAAGUCUGCAAGCCAAAACCCAAGAGGCCGCUGAUGAGUCUGGAGAAAUUAAAACAGAGAUGCCAGAAAGGGAAGAUAAAGAUGCACUUAAAGGAAUUGAAGGGGAAACGGAGAAAGAAGGGCCCGAUACGAUGGUAUCACCGGCUGCUGCCAUCGAAUCUAAAGGAGAACUUGUUGAGCAAAGUCUGACUGAAGAAGCAGAAUUAAAUGCUGAGGGAGAGACAGAGAUUAAGAAUAUAGCAGAAACAGAUGUGGAAAAAACAAAGGAAAUGGAUGAAUCAAAGACGAGUAAACCUCAAGAGUUUGUGUUGGAAGAAAAGAAAGAAAAUGUAUCUGUUCAUCCAGUGGAUCCCGUGGUUGAGAAGAACCUGAUUUUCUCAGCAGACUCGACAGCCAGAGAAGCCUACUUUUCCUCUCAGAAAGACGAGGCUCGGGUCAUGACUGAAUCUGACGAGUCGCCCUCCGCCAUAGAGAUGGAGGACAUCCCUAAAGCCAACGUUUCCAUGGUGCCUUGGAGCAGGAAGGGGCGUUGUGAAGCAGCCCCCCACCUGGAGCCCGGCCAGGAGGACGAGCAGGGAAAGCCCACUGCAGAGGAGCCACAGGGGGUGAACCUGUACCCUAACUUUGUCUCUCCGCCUGGACCUGGAGACCCUAAGAAUGAAGCGCCCUCCCAAGAGUCUGGGAGUCCCUUCACUCAAGAGCUUUUGGACUUGUAUACAUUAAAUCUGCACCGGAUUGAAAAGGAUGUCCAGCGCUGUGACCGAAACUAUUGGUACUUCACUCCCGCCAACCUGGAGAAGCUGCGCAACAUCAUGUGCAGCUACAUCUGGAGGCACCUGGACAUCGGCUACGUGCAGGGCAUGUGUGAUCUGCUGGCUCCACUUCUUGUCAUCCUGGAUGACGAGGCCAUGGCCUUCAGCUGUUUCACUGAGCUCAUGAAGAGAAUGAAUCAAAACUUCCCCCACGGAGGAGCUAUGGAUACCCACUUUGCCAACAUGCGCUCUCUUAUUCAGAUCCUGGAUUCUGAGAUGUUUGAGCUAAUGCACCAGAACGGAGACUAUACCCACUUCUACUUCUGCUACCGCUGGUUUCUCCUUGACUUCAAGCGAGAACUGGUGUACGAUGACGUGUUUGCAGUGUGGGAAACUAUCUGGGCCGCCAAGUAUGCCUCUUCUAGCCACUUUGUGCUUUUCAUUGCCCUGGCGCUGGUGGAGAUCUACAGGGACAUCAUCCUGGAGAACAACAUGGACUUCACUGAAAUCAUUAAGUUCUUCAAUGAAAUGGCUGAGCACCACAACACGAAGCAGAUUUUGACCAUGGCCAGAGACCUGGUGUGCAAGGUGCAGAUUCUGAUAGAGAACAAGUGAUUGGGUUCUCUGUCUUCUUUCUCCUUCCAAGUAAAGUGUGAACGGCUGUAGCAGCACAAGAAGAAAACACAUCUGAGAACACACACACACACACACACACACACACACACACACACACACACACACACACACACACACACACACACACACACACACACAGCCUUUACAACCACGGUAUGCUGCUAUGAGCCUUUUUGACUGUAUCCACAAUGUUGUUCUUGUUGUCAACAGCUGUAUCUGUAAAUUAUGCUACAUAUUUGUCAGUAUGUUCAAGUGAAAACAGAUGUAUUUGAAAAAGCAUUUUUUUCAUUUAAAAAUAUUUUUGUGAGAAAUACCGUAAGUGUAAAUCUUAAUCAGAGUGCACUUAAUAUUUUGAGAUAAUUAUGGUUUAAGUUCCACCUUUCAAACCAAAAACACAGAGCUGAAUUCCACCAGAGAGUAUAUUUGUGAGAUUAAAGCAUUGUUAUAACAGAUUAUGAUAGAUAUUUUAAUAGUCAAAGUCUACAAAAUCAAGCCUAUCAGUAAGUAACCUCCAUAUACCUGUCCCUUAAUGAAUGAAGAAUGUCAGCAGACUUUUAAUUUUAUUUAAAUCAACAACCCAAAAGUAAAUGACUGGCUUUUAGUCCAACAUGUUACUUAUUAUGUAUCAUUUAACUUUUAGCACCAUGUCAGUGAGUUAGCUUCCAACAGUAUUUUUAAUGUUUUUGUUGAACUGCCUCGUCUGCCAAAUAUUGUCUUUAUUUGUUAAGUGUGAAUUGUACUGUAAUGAGAGAAAAAAGUGUGUUUUUAAUUAUGAGGAUUAUAUUAUGUCAAAGCAUAACCUAAUAUUGAAGUGACCUAUGGAUGUCUGGGCAGAGAUUUAUAUAAAGCAACAAGCCUGAUUUGUUAGCCUCUUCCGUUAUUUUUUAUUAUCCAGUGAGCCAUUUUUUUAUUUUGUAAAUUGUGCCGUUUACUCACCUUGAUUUUUUGUCUUGUGUUGUCUGUCACCUGUUCUUUGAAUGUUAGCCUCAGCUUGAAUAUGAUCAUGAAUUGGGACGAUAUGAUGAGACGAUUAAAUAUUUAGUCACAGUUACCAAAUGAAAGGUUUUGCUGUGCAACGUUAAUCAGAUGAUUUAGUGUGAGACAGAUUAGACAGAGAUGAACAUUUAAAGUACAGAUUAAGUUGCGUGAAACGGUGUUGAUGUUUUGGCAGAUUUGGGUCUUGUGAAGAAAACAUAUAUAUGCUUUUACCUCCGAAAUUAAUACUAAUAUUGGUCUCAAAUACCAACAUUCAUUGCCUAGAACAUCACUCUGUUGCUCUUCGGGUGUUGUUUCAUGAAUAUGGUGAGAUGAACUGCUUUUAAAAUAGGUGUUUGUUUGUGAACGCUAACUGCUGUCAGAAAACCUUUAUUGUAACAUUGAUUAAGUAAAUCAUUAUUUAUUUGUUUUCUCAUUCAGAUGCUGCUUUGUUGUUAAAGCUGAUAUUUUUAUUUUGUGGCCAGUUCUAAAUGUGUAUUGAAAAACAAUCAAAUUCUAUACUA